GAAUAGCUUUGAAGUGAACAAAGAAUAUUUGUUAAACCAAUUGUUUGGUCGGCACUCCAACACUGACUGUGACUCCCAUUGAGAUUAACUCCACGUUUGUGUUAAACAUACAGUGAUUUUCAAUCAAUUGAUUCACACAUUUGACAGACAAUAGACAGACAAUUACAUUGAUAUUUGAAUUGCAUUUUCAAUACAAAUACAGUCUAUUAUUAUUAUAAUUGUGAUUAUAAUUGACCACAAAUUUGUUGUCAAAAUACGUUUUGCAUGUUUAGUGUCAUAUAUUUUAUCUAUUUUUAAGCAAUUAUUAAUUGAUUACCCGUUUGUCUAAUAAAUUCACAUAUUUUUGUCGGUUUUUUUUUGUGCAGAAUUUUGUUAUUAAAUUGUUUUAUAUAUAUAUUAUAUAAACAAUAAAUCCUUUUUUUUGUCUAAUAAUUAUUAUUAUUAAGUGUUAACCGAAAAAUAAUUAUAUGUAAAAGCAAUGCAAUCGUUAAAGUGUUUAAGCCGUCAAUUGUUUAGCAAUAGUGCCGAUAAUGUAUUGAAUAUAUCGUUGAAAACAACUGCCAUUAAUAAUAAUAUUCACCGAAAAUAUGGAACCGAUAGACGAAUCAAAGUGGACAAUCCAGUGGUUGAGAUGGACGGGGAUGAAAUGACACGUAUUAUAUGGGAAAAGAUUAAAGAAAAACUAAUCUUCCCAUACCUGGACUUGGAGUGUCUAUAUUAUGAUUUGGGUUUACCCCAUAGGGACCAAACUGAAGACCAGGUUACCUAUGAUGCCGCGCACGCUAUUCUUAAGUAUAGUGUUGGCAUAAAGUGUGCCACCAUUACACCCGAUGAGGCACGUGUUAAAGAAUUCAAUUUGAAGCGUAUGUGGCCCUCACCUAAUGGUACCAUAAGAAAUAUAUUGGGCGGCACUGUAUUCCGGGAGCCUAUUAUCUGUAAAUCCAUUCCAAGACUAGUGCCCGGUUGGACCCGAGCUAUCGUUAUUGGUCGACAUGCUUUUGGCGAUCAGUACCGGUGCCAAGAUAUGCAAAUAGAUGCACCCGGAAAGGUAGAGCUUAUCUACACUCCCAGCGAUGGCAGUGAACCGAAAAUAUUGGAGGUUUUUAAUUUUGAGGGCGAAACAGCCUCUGGUGGUGUAGCUCUCAGUAUGUAUAACACCGUCGAGUCAAUCACUGGUUUUGCUUACUGUUGCUUUGAGUACGCGCUUAUCAAGAAGUGGCCACUUUAUUUGAGUACUAAGAAUACCAUUCUUAAGCGAUAUGACGGACGCUUUAAAGAUAUCUUUCAAACCAUUUAUGACAAUGAAUAUAAAACCAAAUUUGACUCAUUGGGCAUUUGGUAUGAGCACCGUCUCAUUGACGACAUGGUAGCCCAGGCACUCAAGUCAAACGGCGGAUUUGUUUGGGCCUGCAAGAACUAUGAUGGUGAUGUCCAGUCAGAUGUAGUCGCACAGGGAUACGGAUCGCUUGGUCUCAUGACAUCGGUGUUGGUCUGUCCCGAUGGCAAAACCAUUGAGGCAGAGGCAGCUCACGGCACUGUUACUCGACACUUCCGGGAACACGAAAAGGGUCGUCCAACCAGUACUAAUCCCAUUGCAUCGAUAUUUGCGUGGACCCGUGGACUGGAGCACAGGGCAAAGCUCGACAACAAUAAGGCGUUGUCUAAGUUCUGCAAACGUCUAGAAAAGGCUUGUGUCGAGACUGUAGACGACGGAGCUAUGACUAAGGAUUUGGCCGGUUGUAUACACGGACUUAAAAACAUUAAAGAAGGAGACUAUUUAUAUACAAUGGAUUUCUUGGACGCUAUCGUUGAGAGUCUAAAUGACAAACUCGGAGAAUCCAAGUGAUAAUACCUCUCAUGUGAUUAUCGAGUAAAUCAUACUUUAGUUAAUAAGUUUCAUCGGAUAAUGUAAUGGUUUAUAUUAAUGAAAAGUGCAAAUGUUUUGUUUUGAAUUGAUUGUCAACAUUGAUAAACAUAUAAAAUAUAAUGCAAUGGGGUUUAAAUUUUAUUUUUCACACAUUUUAAACGAAUAUUUAUAUUAACUAUUAUAAACUAUUUUUUGUCAAAAAAAAGUUCACACAAUUUUUAAAAUCAUGAAAUAUUUUUUGAUUUAAUUUUUCUCAUUCCACUAAAAAUCAAUGUAAAAUAUUUAUUACUAUUUUUUUGUGUUCACAUAUACUAAUUAUAACUAUUAUACUAAUUUAGUCUAAUUUUCUGCGGGUAAUCUCUCAUAUUUGUGCCAUAAUUAAAGUUAGUACUAGUGCUCAACCAUUUACAAAAGUAUCUUAAAUCGCAAAACUAACUGUUCAUAAUAUUUAUUAGCACAAAGUUAUAGUUAAUUUAGUUUCAAUUUCUAGAGC